GAGCCCGGCGGCGGCGGCGGGGGCGGCGCUGGUGCCCGGGCCCAUCUUUCCUCUCGCCUCGGUGCGCCCUAAGGACUGCGGCGGCGGCGGCGGCGCUAUGGCCGAGACGGAGCGGCCGGAGGAAGCGGCCCGGCUGUGGCGAGACGCCGCCCUGCGCGCCGGCAAGCUGCGGAGCGACCUCGGGCAGCUGGAGCUGGGCUCCCGGGAGGAGAGCGGCCCGCAGGCAGAGCCGGAGCCCAAGUCCGCGCUGCUGCAGCAGCCGGAGCCCCAGCAGGAGCAGGAGCCGCCGUCGCCGCUGGAGACGCUGAACCUGAGCGGGCGCGGCCUGGAGGAGCUGCCCGAGGGCUUGUGCGCCGCCGUGGGCAGCAGCCUGAGCGUGCUCUCGAUGCGCAGGAACCGGCUGGCGAGGCUGCCCUCGGCCGCCGCCCUGGGGCACCUGGGCCGCCUGGCCGAGCUCGACCUGAGCCACAACCGCCUGCGCUCCCUGCGCGACGACGGCCCGGCGCUGGCGCUCCUGCGCGGGCUGCGCAAGCUCAGCCUCAGCCACAACCUGCUGGGCGCCGGCGGCGACGGAGCGCUGCCCGACGCCUUGGGCGAGCUGCGGCAGCUGGAGGAGCUGGACUUGAGCUUCAACCGCCUCAGCCGCCUGCCCGGCGAGGCCCUGGCCCGCCUGCAGCAGCUGCGCGCCCUCGACGUGGACCACAACCAGCUUCCCGCCUUCCCUCCGGCGCUGCUGGCGCUGGGCUCCCUGGAGGAGCUGGACUGCUCCGGCAACCGGCACCUGCGGGCCCUGCCCGAGGGCAUCGCCGCCCUGCGGCGCCUGAAGAUCCUGUGGCUCAGCGGCACAGGCUUGGCUGCCCUGCCCGAAGGCUUGUGCCAGCUAGGGGCCCUGGAGAGCCUCAUGCUGGACGGGAACCGCUUGAGAGGACUGCCCGCCGGGUUUGGUGGCCUUCAGCGCCUCAAGAUGUUGAACCUUUCCUCCAACCUGCUGGCCGACUUCCCCGCCGCUGUGCUGGCCUUGCCUGGCUUGGAAGAGCUGUACCUGAGCCGCAAUCAACUCACCCUGCUGCCCGCUGGGCUGUGCCAGCUGGGCCAGCUGCGGACCCUGUGGCUGGACAACAACCGCAUCCGCUACCUGCCCGACUCCAUCGUCCAGCUGCAUAACCUGGAGGAGCUGGUCCUGCAGGGCAACCAGAUUGCCAUCCUGCCCGAGGGCUUUGGCCAGCUCAACCGCAUCAGCCUCUGGAAGAUCAAAGACAACCCUCUGAUUCAGCCACCCUACGAGGUCUGCAUGAAGGGCAUCCCUUACAUCGCGGCCUAUCAGCAGGAGCUGGCCCACUCCCAGCCUGCCCUCAAGCCCCGGCUCAAGCUGGUCCUGAUGGGCCUGAAAAACGCAGGCAAGACGCUGCUGAGGAAGUGUCUAGUGGAGGACGAGGACGAGGGACAAGGGCAUGGAGAGCUGUCCUUCGCUGCAGCCUGCAAGGACGCUGGGAGAGCUCGGACCAAGGGGUGCUUCAUGCAGACCCUAAGAGACCUGCCCCCUCAGCCUCUUUCCCCCAAAGCACAGCCACACCGUCGCCCCAUUGUCGAGCAGCCAGAGGCUUCCCCUUUGCCAGCUUCGACCCUGAAAUGUUCCCAUUUGGGAUGUAUCUCCAGUGAGCAGUGGGACAUGCUCUUCUACCCUUCCCCGAAAGCUGCUGGGCAGACCCAGGUGGGAUGUUUUGCUGCUGAGCGGCAGGAUGAUGCUCCGCUGGCCCCCUCACCAAAAAUAAAUGGGGAGGCGCACUUAGGAUAUUACCCUCCCCUACGGCCCAUUAUGCCCCCAGCUCCCUACCCAGCAGGGUUGCCAGGCAGCAGCAAAGGCAUAGAGGUGACGGACUGGACUGCCGAUGUGGAAAGGGGCCUGACUUUCAUUGUGUACGAGCUGGCGGGAGACCCAAGUUACGACGUGAUCCAGCCCUUCUUCCUCUCUCCGGGAGCCCUCUAUGUGCUGGUGGUGAACCUGAGCACUUAUGUGCCGCAGUGUUUUUAUCCCUCCGUGGGGCACUUCCUUCACUGGCUGGGGGCAAAGGUGCCACAUGCCGUGGUGUGCAUGGUUGGCACCCACGCUGACCUGUGCGCUGAACGGGAGGUGGAAGAGAAGUGCUUAGACAUCCACCGACAGAUUUCCCGGCAGGAGAAGUGCGACUACGAGGGCCUCCAGAGUCUGGCCCAGCAGGUAGACGAAGCCCUGGGCCAGGAUUUCGACCUGCGCUGCUCCAGCCCCCACGUCGCCUUCUAUGGGGUGUCAGACAAGAACCUGCGGCGCAAGAAAGCUCAGUUCCAGUAUUUGCUCAACCACCGGCCCCAAAUCCUUUCCCCGGUGCUGCCUAUCAGCUGCUGGGAUUGCUGCCAGGUACGCCGCUUGCGAGAGAAGCUCCUUUCAGUAGCCGAGCAUAGAGACAUCUUUCCCAAUUUGCACCGGGUGCUGCCAAGGUCCUGGCAGGUGCUGGAGGAGCUGCACUUCCAACCGCAGGCUCAGCAGCUGUGGCUCAGCUGGUGGGACUCAGCUCGGCUUGGCCUGCAGGCAGGGCUGACGGAGGACCGUCUCCAGAGUGCCCUUUCCUACUUGCAUGAGAGCGGCAAGCUGCUCUACUUUGAGGAGCACCUCACCCUUCGAGAAUACGUUUUCCACAACUUGCCCAGGCUCAUUGACAUCCUCAACGUCUUCUGCCAACGGGAUGCCACGGUCUUGCUGCAGAAACUGCUUGGCAAUGCCCACGUGGACGAGCUGAAGGCCACGCAGCUCCACCACUAUGUGGAAGGCUUUUUGCUCCACGGGCUUCUCCCCGCCCAUGUCAUUCGCCUGCUCCUCAAACCCCACAUCCAGAGCAGAGAGGACCUGCAGCUGAUCCUGGAGCUGCUGGAGAAGAUGGGUCUCUGCUACUGCGUCAACAAGCCCAAGUCCAAGCCCUUGAACGGGGCGACGGCAUGGUACAAGUUCCCUUGCUAUGUGAAGAACAAGAUGCCCCAUGCAGAGGCGUGGAUCAAUGGCUCCAACCUGGGUGGGCAGUCCUUUGUCGCUGAACAGCUGCAGAUUGAGUACAGCUUCCCCUUCAUCUUCCCACCUGGGCUCUUCGCCCGCUACAGCGUCCAGAUCAACAGCCACGUGGUUCAGCGGUCUGAUGGGAAAUACCAGAUCUAUGCCUACAGGGGGAAGGUACCUGUCGUAGUAAGUUAUAGACCUGCCAAAGGCACCCAGCAGCCAGAUACUUUGUCUAUCGCUAGUCAUGCAUCCUUACCAAAUAUAUGGACAGCCUGGCAAGCCAUAACCCCACUAGUGGAAGAACUGAAUGUCUUGCUUCAAGAAUGGCCAGGCCUGUACUAUACUGUGCAUGUCCUCUGUUCCAAGUGCCUUAAAAGAGGGUCGCCCCACCCGCAUACUUUCCCAGGAGAAUUGCUGAGUCAGCCCAGGCCAGAGGGAGUGACUGAGAUCAUCUGUCCGAAGAACGGUAACGAGCGAGUGAAUGUGGCUCUGGUUUACCCCCCUACGCCGACAGUGAUCAGCCCUUGUUCCAAGUAACUUCUGGAAGACACCUGCCUUUGCCCCCAUAUAAGGACACACCAAACACCCCUUAAUCGAACAAGCCCUUCCUAAGCAUUUUUGGAAAUGUACAGCCCAGAGAUGUUUCUGAUUACUGGUGGGACCUGGACAACACAGCUUGGGAAAUAAAGAUUAAUGGGAGCAGGUGUGCUGGAAGGCUAUGCGCUGGGGUGGACACAAAUCUGUAGCCUGCCUGAAUUGAUCCUUACCAUCGGCUGGGGUUGGAGUGGUGUGUUUCCAAGAACUUUGUCCAGAGGCUUAUUGAAGCAAGAAACACAGCAAAACAUCCUCAUCCUGUGCUGCUUUUGGAACUUUUAUACACGACAGUCUGAAAACUCUGGGUGGUUUUAAUUGCUUCGUAAGCACGGAAACGAGAGCAUUGUUGACUGACGGCGAUACGCUGGGAUUGAGAACUCUGUGGACCUGUCUUGUGCACUUGUUUGGACCCAUUGGUGAAUGUAAGGUUGUUCUCGGUGUGGUCACUGUUCAGCUGUAGCUGAAAGAUAUAUCUGCUGAAAAGGCACUGUUGGUAACUCGGUUUCCCCAUAGGAAGAAAUUAAUAAUUCUGUGGCUGUAAUGUGCUGUGGAAAAGGACGCAAAAUCAAAACUGGAAAAUACCUCUUCAGGUGGAUGCUUUCCCAGGGACUGAGCAUAUAACUUAACCCCAGAAGUGAAAUGGUUUUUAAAGUAAUAUAUUACGUUGCAGAUGAAUGGUGGACUAAAGGAUUCAUCACUCGACCCUCAGCCUCAGGAUCAUUCUCUAGCAAAGAGCUGCUUGCCAACAGAGUAGGAUGAAAAACUUCUCAGGGAUUAUGUUCAAUGUGCAGUUUAAAAGCCGCAGCUGCCAUUGACGACAGCAGUAUCGGGGGCACUCUGUUUCCAAGUCUGUCAAAUGUGAAGGAGGAUCACUGCUGAAGUUCACUGCUGUUCAGCAAUUUGUUUGUGUGUGUUUUUUUAAGUGUUAAUCUUUAUUUUUCUAAGUUUUUAAUUAUCUAUGCAGUUUAGAAUUAAUUUGACACUGGGUACAAAGGUCAGCAUGGAGAUUGUGCUAAAUCAGUUGCUGGGUUCUGGAUGUGAUGUCAAAACAAUGCAUGCAGGUAUCUAUUGUUUAAACACCUGGUUUGUGCACAUACAUACACAUCACGCACACACACGCACACACACAGAUACACACACACACAAUCUUCAAUUUCACUGCAGUUUCAUGGUAAAAUCCACCUAAAUAAACACUAGCACAGAUUCUUCUGAGAAUGCCUCUGCCUCCACACAACAGUUGAAGUAGUACUUGAAAGAAGCAAAUGUGGUUUUGAGUUUUCUCCCUCUUGCGAGUGGAACAUGUCAACGUGGUGGAGAAGGGGAAGACAGCUUUAGUUAAACUUUAUUUCUGGAGUGUCCAGUUGAGUGGACAGCCGUGUAGUAAGCCAGGAAUCCUUCAUCCCUAAACAAUGCCAAGAAUAAUUGACCAGG